GCAGCAUAACCACAUGUGGUGUUGCUCAAGCCUCUCUGAUCCCUCUCUCACUUCCACUAAGCUGUUCUCAUUUUGUUGAUCAACUUUUUUUGGGGUGGGGGAGAAGUGGGGGAGACUUUCAUAUUGCUGGGACGAGGGAGGACGUUCAAGAUGACUUCUAUACCUGCAUCCAGCUGGAGUGCAAAUGAGAGCAGCAGCUGGAACACGAGCUUUUCUGGGUCAGGAGGCAACUGGGGGCAGCCUCUGGGAGCUCAGGCUGGUAACAUCUCCUCCCCUUUAGCACCCGCAACAGCUAACUUCUCCAACCAAUUUGUGCAGCCCUCCUGGCGCAUUGCCCUGUGGUCUCUGGCUUAUGGCGGGGUGGUGGCCGUGGCCGUCCUUGGCAACCUGAUUGUCAUCUGGAUCAUCUUGGCUCACAAGCGUAUGAGGACAGUGACCAACUAUUUCCUGGUGAACCUGGCCUUCUCGGAUGCCUCCAUGGCUGCUUUCAACACCCUCAUCAACUUCAUCUAUGCCCUGCACAACGAGUGGUACUUUGGGGAGGCUUACUGCCGCUUCCACAACUUCUUCCCCAUCACUGCAGUCUUUGCCAGCAUCUACUCCAUGACGGCGAUUGCCGUGGACAGAUACAUGGCCAUUAUCGAUCCCCUGAAGCCCAGACUGUCUGCAACUGUAACAAAGGUGGUCAUUGGCAGUAUAUGGAUUUUGGCUUUCCUGCUUGCAUUUCCCCAAUGCCUCUACUCCAUAACCAAAGUGAUGCCUGGAAGAACUCUUUGCUACGUAGCAUGGCCAGGUGGUCCAAAACAGCACUUUACGUAUCAUGUCAUUGUGAUUGUAUUAGUGUAUUGCUUUCCACUGCUUGUCAUGGGUAUCACUUAUACCAUAGUCGGAAUUACCCUCUGGGGAGGAGAGAUUCCAGGUGACACAUCUGACAAAUACCAGGAGCAGCUCAAAGCUAAGAGAAAGGUGGUAAAAAUGAUGAUUGUCGUUGUGUUGACAUUUGCAAUCUGCUGGUUGCCCUACCACAUUUACUUCAUAGUUACUGGGAUCUACCAACACUUAAAUCGGUGGAAAUAUAUUCAGCAAAUCUACCUGGCCAGCUUUUGGCUAGCCAUGAGCUCCACAAUGUACAAUCCCAUUAUCUACUGCUGCCUUAAUAAGAGGUUCCGAGCUGGUUUCAAGAGAGCAUUCCGUUGGUGCCCAUUUAUCGAGGUGUCCAGCUAUGAUGAGCUGGAGCUCAAGGCAGCCAGGUUUCAUCCCACCAGACAAAGUAGCUUGUACACUGUGUCCAGAAUGGAGUCUAGCACAACAGUAGUGUUUGAUCCAAAUGAUGGAGAUCAUUCCAAGUCCACCCGUAAGAAAAGAGCUGUUUCGCGGGACACAAACUUCAAUGGCUGUUCACGCAGGAAUUCCAAAACCACCUCGACAACCUCGAGUUUUAUCAGCUCACCCUAUACAUCAGUGGAUGAGUAUUCUUAAGGCCCUGGGUAAAUUUGUGAUGGGUGUGAAAAGAGCAGUAUUGUACAUGAAAGAGACAAUGCUAUUCUACCUUAGAACCAAUAUCCAAGCUACAGGAUGGCAGUCAAGAUUCAAUUGAUGAACCCUGGUUGUAAAUACCAUAUGACUUACAGGCCCUGCUUACGUUUGUGCUUUGGAAAAA